AUGAGACUUGGCGACGCAGCGAUUCGAUGCGCCGCACCAGCAUUCAGCGCCGCCGCGGGCGCCCGAUCAGCAGGUGUCGGCGUUGAAGGUCACAAGGGAUUUGCGCUAGGGCAAUUUACGCCUGGGCGAUCCACGCCCAGGCGGCGGAGAACAAGCAGCUGGGGAGACAUGUACGCGAAAUGCGGCAGCAUGGAGGAUUCCCGCCGCGUGUUCGACAGCAUUCUUCACCCAAACGUGAUGUCCUUGAUGCUGGGCUACGUCUCCAAUGGCGAGAGCGAUGUGGCUCUGGAUCUCUUCGAGAGGAUGCAAGCCAAACUCCAGGACGCGGCAAAGGCUUGUAGCAGCCUCGCGGCGAAGGAAGACGCUGUUUUGGUCGAUGGGAAGCUCGUCAAGGAGGCUAGUCUCGAGACCGGCAGAGGCAUCCAUUCUCAAGCCAAGCAGAUGGGACCGUCUUGCAGCGAAGACGUUUUCCUCUCAAUGCGAGAAGAAGCGGUGGAUGUCGACGGCAAACUCGUGAAGAGAAAGAGAUUGGAAACCGAGGUGGCUAUCCACGGUGAAGCUUCAAACAGCAGGUACUGUGAGAACGUGUUCGUGGGGAACACUCUGAUCGAUAUGUACGCGAAGUGUGAGAAGCUAGAGGAAGCUCGCAGGGUCUUCGAUGGCAUGGCUGGCCGAUCGUCCGAGCCACCUGUUCCGCGAGAAGAUGGAAAGCUAGUGCGAAUCCAGAGCCUAGAAAAGGGGAUGGAGAUUCAUUCUCUCGCCGCGAAGUUUGGACGCUGGGAGCAGCUUGGUGGACAUCACUUACGGCCUAGCUGGAAGGAAUCCAGGCUGAGCUUUACAGGCGUGGGCUGGAAGACGAUCAAGUUGUGGGGAGUAAACUUCUACAGGAAGUGCGGAGUUAUGAGUGCGGCCGAGCACUUGUUUGGAUCUCUGGCAGUCCGAGAUAUCGUCGCCUGGAAUGCACUGGUCACGGGAUUCGGCCAACAGGGUGACACGUCGCGCGUGUUCGAAGCCUUUCGCGAGAUGCGAGAAGAUGGCGUGCGAGCAAACGCAAUCACAUUUGUCUCGGUCAUCACUGCUUGCAGCCACGGCGGCAUAGUUGAACGAGGCAGGGAGUUUUUCCAGGCAAUGGACCCGGACUCUGGCAUUGUUUGCGGGAUUCAUCACUACAGCAGCUUGGUGGAUCUCAUCGACGAGAAUGACUCGGCUGCAUACGUUCUGAUGGCGAGCAUCUACCGGAGCGCGGGGCUGUGGGAGGAUCAUGAUAAGCUCAAGACUAUACAGGAGGCGGCCUUGAAAGCGGAUAAAAAGAGUUCACUUCAUCAAGCGGUCACACGAUGGUGA